CCGCAUUUCAUCAAAGUGAACCAAACGUGACGUCAAAUAAUUUAUCGCAAGCAAUCGCAUAAUGGAGGAGAAAAAGGAGGAGAAGAAGCACAGAAAACGCAAUGGCAAGCCUCGCCGCGUUAGACACCAUCCCUGGGACGAAGAGUUAAGCGACGCGAGUGGGGUGUGUGGCGCAACAUUAACAAGAUUUUUGGUUUGCAUGGCACCAGUAAUGGUGUCAUUACCCGGUGCUGGAACUAGUCCAACUGAGCAACAGACCAUACUUGAAGUGCUCAACAAUAAGCAGACACAACAACAACAGCAGCAGGACGCAACAGAGGCAACGCCAACUGAAACAGCUACAACAACAACUGCCGGUACUCCAACACAGACAGCAACACCGUCGCCAUCAGCGGAAGGGGCAGCAGGCGCUGCAGUGAAUAUUGCAAACGAUGAAAUUCCAACGAGUACAGUUAAUGUGCCGUUAGAUGAGGUGGAUGCAUUAUCAAGUGCCGAUGAUCUAGUCAGCAGUCAAAGCACAGCCAAUACCGAAAGUAGUUCUUCGAGCAACGAAAGUGCAACGAGUCAAAUACCCAAUCCGGCAGUGACGUCAGCGCCGACGACAAAAGAGGCGGUACGCACAGAAAGUACGGAGGGCGAAGCGAGCGCGGUGACACAGCGUUCAACGAACACUGCUACUGUAGGUGACACAGCAGCGACGAAAGAAACGAUUACAAUUCAACCGAUUGCCGUCGAUAGGCAAUGCAGUGCGAACAGCAGCAGCAGCGCCGAUCAGGGUCAUGUACUUGAUAUUGAAUCUCAUUUGAUUGAGACGUACAGUGAUUAUCAAGCGAACGACGAUAGUGUUGGUAUUAACGAAUUGCCACCUCAGCAAGAUGAACUGACAGUGGGUUCGUCGAAAGUUGAGACGGAUGUAAAUGUACGAACGGUGAUUGAAGUGGAGCCGGUUGGUGCGAUAUCGAAGAAACCCGUUGAGACAGUGCUGCCGACCAGACGUGUACAGCGGGCCGAAAGUGAGUCAGAGAACGUUGAUGACGCCAAAAUUGCGUCCGAAGUUGUAGAGGCAACUUUGAAUGGCAAAGAAGACGGAGUGAUAGAGGAAAAAGAAGCAGAAACGGAAGCGGAAGCGGAAACGGAAACAGAGGCAGUAAAGAGCGCAUUUGUGUUACCCAGCGAACCAAGUGAUGCAAUUAAAGCGACCGCAGAGAGGCUAGUCAACGAAAUAGAACGUGAAGUCUUGGACGCGUUGCGGAAGAGCGAAGAAGCACAAAACCAAACAAAUACUGAAGGCUCGGAAGCCGCAGAAACACAAAAUCAAUUAAAAGCUGAGGUCUCCGCAGACACAGCAACCGAAACGCAAACACUUAACAACGACGCAGUACCAGAAGAAGCGUGUAAAAUAGAAGAAAAGACUGAACAAGCCACAACCUUAUUAGAUGACAUAAACAACUCAUUAACGCAAAAAGUCGACGCACAAUUGUCCGAGGUAACAAGCAUACUAAAGUCAUCGAAAACCAGCCACGCCGCUAAUGGUGAUGCCGAACAAAACAAACACAACGAGCUUAAGAUUGUGAAUGUGCCUUCACCGAAGACGCCAUCGGAUGAGGAGGAGCGUAAACGAUUUUUGGAGUCGCUGCCGCAUCUAGACAGUAACGCAGAGGCGCAAAAACUUGCCGACGAUUGCAAACGUGAAUACUAUCAGUCGCUGAAGAAGUAUCUGAUACAGAGUCAAGCAGAUCGACCACCAGUACCGUUACAGACCUAUCGUUGGGAGGAUUUGCGGCGUGCCAAGGAAAGGGGCGGCUACCCGUGGACACAUUUAUACAAGCGGCCACUCGGCCCAGACGAACAACCCGAAAUUGUUUUACUUUUACGUAAAUCACAAGAAUUUCGCUUUCUUUCGGAGUCCCCGAAGUCGCUGAAGAAAGUACGCAUCGACGAGCAAGUUAUAGUUAAGCAACCCGAACGUUAUAUACAAGAGCUUUCGGAAGCUGAAGAGGACUACCCACAAUCGGCGCCCGAAGACGAAGAAACACACAGUUUACGCAGCGAAAGCAUUUCUUGUGUCUCGGAUUCGAUACUUGCCACCGGCAAACCACGGAAGUCAACGCGUUUGGAUAAAAUACGUGGUUAUUUGAGGCGACGCAAAGGCGGACGCAGCAACGAAGACGCACAAUCACUGCCUUGCGCCUCCAUAAGCAGUAGUCGACGACAUAGUCAGGAAACUUUACCGGAGCCACAGCCAAAUCCAGCAAUUCUAGUGAACGGCAAAAACACCGAUCAGAAGCAUUGUUAUCCCAUAAUGAAGAAACUGAAAAGUAUGGCAGAUCGCCAAAAGAAACGCUUGAAUAUAAAGCGUAUACAUUUGGGCAGAGAUGAGAAGAUUGUGCUGGGCGAAGAAACGAAAAUUUUGAAAUUGAAAAAAUCACCGAAAGCAGAACGCGGCGAAAUACCACACUUCAUAGAGAAACAAGAUUCUGACGAUGUGUUGGAGAUUAUGGAAUUGGAUGAGUCGCCGAGCCGUAAGCGCAGAGACGAUGGCCGGGAAGACGAAGAACGAACAGAAGCUGCCAACGGCAUACAUGAAGAGAAUGAACAGAUGGACACAAAUCAGAGCGAGGCAAUUAGCAUUGUUGUGCCCGAUGAGAUCAUUGAAAUACCGAAGUUAGUGGAAAACAACAGUGAACUACCCACUACUAGUAAGGAGACUGUAUCAACAGAAAACUUGCAGCAGUCGGAAGAAAUUGAAGAUGACGCUACUGCGUUGGAGGCUGACGUCACUGCAAUUGAGAGUGCAACAACUGCAGCACCACCAAAGAAGGCGCCACGUCUGCGGCGCGAGCAUGUAUACGAAGAAAUCGAAGCUGACUUGCCGCCGGAAAUGUUGACCCAGCCGCCAACCACGGAUGUUGGUGUGUUGGAGCUGGGCGCUAUUGAGACGCUCAAAGAAUCGCUGGCGAAGCAGGACAGCUCAACUUUGAAGCAUAUUGAAGAAGGUAUAAAGCCACUGCCACUUGACCGCAUGGGCAGCAGUGAAGAGGAUCAAGUAGCCACUGCCGCUGCCGCCGCCGCUGCUGACAAGCCCACCAUUAAUUUGUUAGCGCCACUAUCCUCCGUCGAUUCCGCGUCAUCGGAUGAGGACCGCAAUCGUGCACAACUCUCACCUGUGACGGAGGAAAGUGAUGCAGCGAGUGUUGAAGAUAAUCUGCGCAUUGUUGACGACAACGAACCGAUCGAUCUGAAGCCGGCCAUUAAGAAAGAAGCCUCACCAGCGCCAUCGGACAAGAAGGUGACCUUCUCGCAUGUGGAAGACGAAGCGGAACCGCAUCGUGAAGAUAUCGAAUUGCCAACGGAAGUGCAGGAAGCAACACAAGAGGCUGCCCAGCGCAAGAGAUGGACGACUAUGAGUGAUCAUGAAUAUGAACCUAUCGCAGCACCCGCCGAAGACGAGCAAGCUGCGGCGCCGCAAACACAAACUGAAAAAUCAGAUCUCGCACGAAACAUUGAGAAGUUGCACGAAGAAAUCAAAGACACCGAAGAUUUCCAGCGAGAUUUGGAGGAGCGUUACUUUAGUUCCGAAGCGACCACGCCACGUACAGAGUCGCGUACUGAUUAUGAAAUACAUACUAGUCAAGUUGAUUCAAGUGCCUUGGAGGAGCUGCCCUUGAAGCCGGAAAAUCGUAAGAAAGGUUUCAUGGCUAGCGCACAGGACCGCACACGUAAAAUGCAGGCGGGCUUAAAGAAUCAAGCCGGCAAAAUUAAGACCAAAUUACGCACACCUGCCAAGAAACCGGCAUCGUCGAGCCCAAAAGCAAAGGAGCGCAAACGUUUUAAGGCACCAGAGUUCUCGAAAAUUAAAAUGCCGGAAAUUAAACGGCCCGAUAUGUCAAAACUGAAAGACUUCAAGCGUCCCGAAUUCACCAAAUUUAAUAAGCCUGACAUGUCGAAAUUCAAAUUACCCGAGAAGUUCACGACGCUGAAGCUUAAAAGGAGUAAGUCCUUUAAGGAGAAUGAGACACAGGAUGAGGAAAUGGAAGUGGCUACACAACAAACAGACGCCGAGCCAAGAGCACAGCCACAAAAGAAAAAGUUCGAAUUCAAUUUCGGCACCUACCCCAGAGCAUUUCGUAAGAAGAAACCGGUGGAGACACAAGCAUCACUCGGUACGGAUACGGACACGGCGGGAGUCAGUGUAAUACCAAGCACUGAAACGCAACCAUCACAGGAAUCCUCCAAUUCACCACAGGGUGAUCGCGGUCCCGGUCCUGUGCGGUCGCGUUGGGCUGACAAAUUCUCCGAUGUCAGCUAUAAUGAUAGCGAGGGUUCACGUUAUCGUCGUUAUGGCAGUGAACAGGAAAGCUUCGAUCGCGAAUCAUCACUAGAACGCCGUAUGAAGGACGAUUUGGAAGAGACGGAGAGCGAGGUACAAGAAAUGGGUAUAUUGGGCGGUGUUGCUGAUACCAAGCAGUUUGCCGAAUUCGAUGAGGAGAAUCGCGCCAUACACGAGAUAUCGAAAAUGCGUGCCGGCGAAUUCCGUAGACGUCCGAUGGUGCAUCAAGACUCCGAUCUACGCUCCGAAGACAGCAAAGAUGUUGAGGGUUGGACCGAGAAAGAGAUUGAAAAGAAUAAAUUAUUACGCAAAGCCGAGUUAGAGGCUGAGGCAAGUUACUUAAAAUAUCCCUCCGACGAUGUAUUGCCACAAGAAACGCAAUCCACUGCGAGCUCUGGCAAGAAAGUUGUUAUGGAAGAAAUUGAUGACGAUGAAUUUUUCCUACGCAAACGUGGUGUCUCCGAAGACAACAUCGAAUUGCGACAGUAUAUAAGUAAUGCGAUACGUGAGGGUUACGACAGACCCAUAAAUACAUUGGAACAUGUAGGACAAACCAGGGAGAGCAUGGAAUACAGGGACUAUGAUAUACCACCGCCGAAACCUAAGCGACUACACAAAAGCUAUCGGCCACAAGAUGUAUCGCAAGAUUUGGAAUCGCAGCGUAGCGAAUAUGGCGAUGAUCUGUCGAUGUCACAAAAUGGCAGCGAUUACUUCAAUACGCCCAAACGUCCGCUACGUAAGGGACGAAGUCGCAGCAAAUACUCUAUGGAUAGUCAAGAUUUUCCCGUAGCUGAGCAUAUACGACACGAACCAUAUUUCGACGAUGACGAGGAAUAUUUACGACCGCCACGCAACAGUUACAAAGACCACGAAGAUGAGGUGGAAAUGAAUGACUUGGAUAUUGUAGGCAAACAGGUCUUCCCAGCCGAGCCAGAGGGUGUUAACGAUGGUGUGCCAGCGCCGCAAGCGCCCAGACGUCGCAAACGUGAUACGACGCGAGACAAUUCAUUGGAUAAGGAUUCGUAUAUGAACGGUUUCGGUGGUCGAUCGGUAUCGAAUAGUCGUUUACAGCCAACCGACGAUGUAAUUGUUUAUCGCACUGAACACGAAUAUCCUAUUCCGCUCGCCGAGACCGAAAAAUUCGCACCUGCGUUGGAAACUCGCAAGUCUAGAGCAACUAGUCGUUACGACGAAGACGAUCGUACGUCACGUGGCGCCGAUUCGUUAGGUUACGAUGACCACGAGGAAACGCAAGCCGAUCGUGAGUCGAAUGUGGACAAGGACAAGUACAUAAUCGACAUGAUGGAGAACGAUGGUUACGCGAUCGUCCGAAAGGAGCAAUUGCCGAAACCCACGCCACCAGCUCGCCGAAAGAAAUUCUCACGUUCGCCCGGCGAGCGCUUUGCCUCCAUAUCCAGCGGCUCUGCGAAGAGCAGCACGCCGCCACCCGAGCGUCCGCCACCACCCCGCGCCUACACACCGUCCACAAUGGAGGAACCAGUGCCGCCGCGCCGCAAAUCAGCUACAAGCUUAGAAGUGGCGCCGCAAAUACUGGAGGACGAUUACGAGGAGCCCGAAGCCUUGCAGCAGGAGCGUCCCGAAUCACCACGCGACUUGCAGUCUGGUGAGAUUAUAAAUAAAAUGAAAUUCCGCCCAUUGCCACCACCACCACGCCCACCGCGUGAGAAGCGUCAACGCGCCGAAAGUAAAAGCUCAGCGCAUAGCGCUUUUGUGUCAUUACACGAACGCGACUUCGCCGAUGAUAAAAUUGCGACCUCAUCCACUGCGGAUAGCUACGAUCCGACCGAUGUGGAUUUGGAAGAGGAAGAAACGCGUCUACCCGAAGUGGAGGUGUCCACGCAAACCGAUCCCCUACCAGACGAUUUCGAAUGCGAAGAGUUCGAAAUCACCGAAGAUAUGCGCAUCAUCGAGCCGCGUAUAAAUAACUUGCGUAAGACGUUGGAUGAGCUGCUUCGUGAGGAAGAGUUGAAGAUUAAAGCUGCCGAAGAGGCGGCCGCGGCACCACUUACAGAAGAGGAGCAACUGACGCGCGGUUUGCAGCGCUUCCGCGAUGCGAAUCAACGUAGCAUGUCGGAGCGUUCGCGUGCGUCGUCGCAAGCCGAUCGCUCCAAGUCACAAAGUCGUCCACCAACACCCUCCGCUGUGGUGAUCGAAAGACGCAUUUCCACACCUAUACCCAGUCAACAGGCCGAGACCAUGUUGGAGGCCUCAUUGAUUGUGCGUCCAAUUGACGAUUUGGAUCUCGAGGAGGAAGCCUUACGUAGAGAGGGUCUGCUUACGGAUAGCGAGCAGCAGAGUAAAUCCGAUGUGGAGGCCACCACAUCGCAUGAUGAAGAAGAAGAAUCAAAGCAUGCAAUUAGCGAAUAUUCAGUCGGACCGAGCUCUGAGGAACUGAAUGCCGCGCUGGACGAACUGCGCGCACAAGCAGACAGCAACUAUGAGGACGAAAAGGAAGAAGCUGAGUUAAGCGAAUAUGCUAGUGAAUAUGAAAAGAGGGCAGAGGAAGGUACGCUGGGUAGAAGUAGUUACGACCGCUAUAUCGCAGACGAAACUUCUGGAAAGGAGGAUGAGGAAGAGCUCGAGUUAGAUGUAGCGGAAAUGAAAGAAGAACUACUGCAAGAUAUCCAAACAGACAGUGAGCGGUACGAAGCGUCAACAAUUGCUGACGAUGAUGAGCAGAAAAUGAGCGAAAUCGAAGAAGCGCCAACGGAAGAGGAGGAUGCACAGAAAAUAAGUGAAAUCGAUGAAGCGCCAACGGAAGAGGAGGACAACGUAGCGCCGACAACAGCUGAAGAAGUGACACCAACCCUUGUACAAGAGAAACACUUCACUUACGAAGAUAAGGCUGAAAGUCUAGUAGAAAUACGCGACACCACCGAUGCGGCUGCAGUGGUAACUGAAGAUCGGGAGGAAGCGACGGCAUUUGAAGAGCCACCACUACCACCACCGCGACGCAAAUCAACCACAGCAUUGGAGCUGCCACCGACGCUAGCUUUGGUGGAGGAGACUUCGAAGGAAUUAACACCUGUGCCAACAUUAGCAGCAGCGCCGCUAGCUCAGGCGCAACCUCAGCUCCCUGCACAUUUGGGUGAACUUGAGGUGGAACGCUUACGCGUGCAUGCGCUACAAGCCGGACAAAUCAUGGUCUCACAGCUGCAUGGCGCGCAAAUAUCCGCCGACGAGCUGGAGUGUAAAUCGGGCAAUUUGAUUGUGAAAAAUAUAGCUUUACCGGAUGGUUUCAUUGAGGAUAUUGUGGAGCGUGUGCGCACCACCGAUCGCAGUCAGCUAUUAACUGUCGAAACACAAACUAGCUUACAAGCGAGCAGCGAAGAACGUUCGCCGGCACGUGAAGUGGUACCGCCACCAAAACCGCCACGUCAACGCGACUUGGAAGGCAGCAAGCGUACAGCGGCCGACACGAGCGACGAGAUUGCGCUGCAACAGCUAAGAAAUUACGAUGAAGAAACACAAACCGAUCCGUUGGCGUAUCCAACACAUAUGAACGUCCCACCGCCCGUCUACGCCACAACCGAAUAUCUGCAGUCAUUGCCACCGCUGGGUUUCUAUAAUCUACGACGCGCCGACGAACCGCCAUACAGCGGCAGCGCUGACGGCAACGAAGCCAACGCACAGCAAAGAAGACAACAACCACAUCAUCACCAUCAUCAUCAUCAUCGCCACCACCGCAGAUGCGAUUCAUCAUGUUCCGAGUGUGAGGAUUAUGAUGACUUGGGCGAACGUGAGGAGACGCGCUCGCGCUCGCAUAGCAGACGUUCGCGCAGCAGCACACGCCCACCAAACGAACCGCAGACCGUAGCCAAAGCGGGCAAACAAUUCAUGUCGGCCUGUAGCCUAUCGUUGGUGCAAUUGCUGAACCGCGUAACUGCGGCAAUUCGUGGUGCCGAGGCGGACAAGAAUGUUGAAGGUCAAGUGCAUCAUAUACCGACAUUGCUGGCGCUCUUCGUGGUCAUAUCGUUCACGUUGGUUGUGUACAUGCUUGCGGGCCGCAGCGUACACACACAUCAUUGGGACUUCUUCAAUCCGCCCGGGAGUGGCGCGCGCCAGUCGUAGGAGUACCGGUGGUGCAUGGUGAAGAUACACAGUCUCUUUUAGUUCCUCUUUUUCCAGGCGUCGUAUGCGUUUUGCCCACAACCACAAGCCGUUGCCGAGCGUGUGCGUUUGAAAAUUGUUUGCAUUUUAUGUUUUAUAUGGAAUUUCGAAUAUGAAUAUACAUACAUACCUACAUAUGUACUUUUGAAACAGUUGUGUACAUAAAUAAGGGAAACGAAUAUCAGGGAACGACGCUUCGUGCUGAACGCGCAUGCUCCAUAUGCUUCAAGAUGCCAGCUGGCUGAACGUCAGCUGUGUCUUUGUAUUGGUUUCGGCGAAGAGUUCAACUAAACGACGAAGUAAAAUUUAACUAAAUUGUUGCAAUAAUUUUGUACGAAAAAUUAAUAAAAAAAAAUAAA